AUGUCAUCGAUGAACGGAGACGGGCAGCCGAACAGACGGUACACAGAAACAGAUGAAGUGAGCGUGAUCGCCCGCGGCCGGGCAUGCUUCAGGACAGAACAGAACAGACACAGUGAUGUGAUGGAAAGCAUCGGGCGCAGCCACAUUCAACGGUGCGUGCGCGCGGCCGACGCGCAAGCGAUGUAUGACCCAUGCUACUACGUGCCCCACCGUCCUAUGCUGUUGCCCACCGCCGCGGGGCCAGUG